AUGGAGUAUGAUAACUCUAGUGAUCGAACCUAUGCAAAAGUUGACAUAGCGAAGUUUAAAACUGGUGCUCGGGUUGACGGGGACGAUAACUUCAGUUUUCUGGAGUUUUCGACUGACGCGGGGCUGGAAGCAUCGGAGUGGGGUGUUUCGGUUGGAGCAGGGGCGAGAGCACACUUCUUUCACCUUGGUUGUGAGGAUGUCAAAGUGAACGCUCGUUUUCUAGGAGGCGAUGUAAAAGCCCGUGCUGGGUUGGAUUUCAAGGGCUUUGUCAAAGAAGGCCACAUGUUUGGUGCUGAAGCUAAGGCGCGAGCAACACUUAGUGAAGCCAAAGUUGGACCCUUAAACCUUCACCUUGGAGCAGGAGUAUCAACCGGCGCCAAAGUAGAAGACGGAACUGUUGAAGCCAAGAUUGCUGGGACCGGCCUGAAAUUGGGCAAAAAGAUUGGAGUAACUGUGCUUGAUAACGAGUUUUCAAUAGAUACGCUCGGCCUCGUUGGAAAGGGAUGGCUGUGGUAA